CGAGAACCAGCGUCUUUCUCGAAGCCGGGCACUGGAGCAUUAUUCAGCCUGGUGACAGAGAUGAAAAUAGAUGUAGGAGGUUGUGCAGUGGGCAGCCAGUGUGAUGGACCAUACAACAGGAAUAGAAAAGAAAGCUCAGGCAGAGGAGCGAGUGAGGAGGAUCUCCUCAGAGCUGCACUGUGAGAUUUUGGACCUGAGUGGUGGAGAGAAUAUCACAGAGCUGUGCAAAAGGAAAAAGAAGAUCAAGAAAACAUAUUCGCCCAGGGUGUCUGUGGAAAUCCCUGUGACGGGGCCCAUGGAUACUGCAGAAUUCAUGAACGCAGCAAGUCAAGGCAAACUGACUGUAAUAGACAAGUAUCUGGUUGAUGGUGGGAACCCAAAUGUCCAUGAUGAGUUGAAGAGGACAGCGCUGCACCGGGCCUCUCUGGACGGACACACGGCAGUUGUCCAAACGCUUUUAGAAAAAGGAGCCGAUAUCAACUUUAAAGAUCAACUGGGCUCCAGGGCCAUACAUUGGGCCUGCAGAGGGGGAAGCCUGGGAGUUGUCAAAGCCCUGCAGAGCCACGGGGCUGACCUGAAUGUUAGGGAUAAGCUGUACAGCACUCCUCUGCAUGUGGCCACUAGAACGGGCCACACAGCCAUCGUGGAGUACCUCCUGGCCUGUGGUGCCAAAAUCAACUCCAGGGACAGGGAAGGGGACACAGCCCUGCAUGAUGCCGUGCGUCUCAACAGAUACAAGAUAGUGAAGCUGCUCAUAGCUGCAGGGCCUGACACGAAAAUAAAAAAUCAUGAGGGAGUAACCGCAGUACAGCAGGUAAAACAAUGGCAGUCUGACAUCAUGGAGACCCUGCAGAGCCUGGAGAAGCCGAGGGAGGUGGGACCUGAAAACACCUUGAGAGAGGAGUGAACAGCAUGUAUAUCUACUCAGUAUAUUCUCUAUGACUUCUCUUUUUAUCACUUUCUGUCUCAGGUUCAAAACACAUUCUGUAAUUCUGCUGUAGGUCUGUGUACAUCAUGUCUGAGACUGAGUGUACGUAUGUGACAAAAUCAGCUUUUCCAGGGCAUGGCGUUAAAACCUCUGAGAUUAGUCUGAACUCUGACACUGGUAAAUGUCAACUUGGGUGUGAAGGAUUCAAAAUGAUCUGCUUAUCUUGAAUAUGGAGACAAAAACAUCUGAAUGAGGAAGCAAAGCUGAAUUUUUAUCAAAACCUUACUGCCAAGUUUUGGCUUUUGAUGUUCACAUCUAAAGCGCUUCAUGAUCUGAGGAGCACUCUCAUGGAUGUUUCAUAUCUGAUUUGUGAUGCCUUUGGAAGCUGAAUAAUAUUAAUAGAUAUAGUGCUGUGCAGAAGCUGUUUGAAUAUACAUCAAGAAGUCCUUGUUUUAUUGAGGCGGCAGACAAGGCCAGAGCACACAGUAGCACUGUGUUUGAGACGUCAGCUGACGAUAGCAGAGAUGGCUGGUAUGCCCCCACUAAAGUCAGGGAUUCGAGGGGAGCUCAGUGGGCAUAUUUUCCUUCUACCAUCAGUGGCUCAAAUGUUCCUGAGGGAGGUUGGUCAUUCACACUGGGGAAACCAACAGCUUGCUUCACUGCUUGUAAUGUAGUUGUUUGUGCAGUUAGUCAGUACACACACAGCCAUUCAUUACGUGAGCACAUUUUGUUCCACAAAUAUUGUGCCACUGCUGCAUUUUUCAUAAUGUGAAUGUAAAACGCUGUUUUGAAAAGCGUAGCUACUGUCUUCUGUUAAAAAAUUCAAUGUGUUCACUGUAGACAACUCGUCAGAUACAUUAUCAGCCACACACAG